CAUUAAUACAAACCCCAAAAACAACAAACAAUGCUUUAGUGGCUUUCGUAUGUAAAGCUAUGUGCUUUGUAUGAAUGCUAGAUGAAUACUUAACAUAUAACGUAUAAAAGCACAUACAUAUAUUAUAUAUAAGAGAAAAGGAGGCUUGUGUGGAGAAAAGGUGCUUUAGAAAUUCGAAGCAGAGAAGGGAGUGGGAGAAUCUGAUAAUGAAGAUUAUAUAUAAAGAGAAGAAGGUGGCAUGAGUUUGGUCAUAACUUUCACAGUUUUCUCCCAAGAAAAACAGAAACCAAACAGUAAGUGGGGAACCUCGAAGCUAGUUCAAACUAGUGGGAGGUUGAUCCACGUUCGAACUUCAAAUCCAAAUUUAAACACAAAUGAACGAUUAAUCACUUUUCUUUUUACAGAAUUUUAUAAAAAAAAAAGUAAGUCUUCUCUCUCCUCAAAAACUUUCUCCUCCAUCUCUCUACUAGUCAAGGUUCCGGCGGUUCUCUUCUCCGGUGGUCGCUGCCGCGUCCUUAGCGCGGCCGCCGGAGCCCUCUCCUUUCCGUUGUUGUCUCUCUCUUCUCUGUCUUCUCUCUGUGUUUCUCUGCGGCGGGUAUAACUCUUUCUCGGCGUAGAUCCGGUUUUUCAGAUCUGUCUGCUCUGGAGCUUCUUUAGCCGUGUGUCAGGAGGUGGCACCGCUUGAGGACGACGGUUGCUCCUUCUCGUCUCCGGCGACUGGUUUGUUCUAGGGUUUUCUGUCCGGAGAUUUUCAUCUGCUGAGGUCGAGUUUCUGUGCGAGUGGAGACGAAUGUGGCGUCGAUGAGGCUUUCCUGGUGCUUGCGUUCCUUUUCCGGCGUGAUUGUACGGCGGCGGUGCGUAAAGCUUCGGUGUUGGUUCAGAUCUACGAUUUCGCGAGUUUAGGGUCUUUCCCCUUUUGCUCCACUGGUGAUCUGUAGUGGAGGCACGUGGAGUUCUAUGGAGGUCGCGUUCUGCUCGAUCUUCCAGUGUUCUCCGGUGACAGCGUGUGGUUCUAGAGGCGGCGCGUGGUGGCGGCGCGUUAAGGUCCGGCGACACGUGGUGGUGGCGCGUGUUGCUGUUUUUGCUUCAUUUGCUCAGUCUGUGAGCAGUAUUCCGGUGUACCCGGUUUCCUCGCCUCUACCUUGGGGCUCUCGGCGGUGAGGCCAUUCGUCUUCCUCGUUCUGCCUAUUUAUGUGGGUGACUUUGUCUUGUUUUCCUGUGGUUGUGGUGAUUAUUCUCUAGUCUCUAUGCGGCAGUUGGGCACUCGGGUUUGCUGCUUCUCUUGUAGGUUCACUUCCGGAGGGUUAGCUAUUGUGCGGUCCGCUCUCUCUAUAUGAGAUUUCGGUUCAAGGGGUGUAUACGGUCACGAAAGGUCGGGUUUGGAGACGGCAAUUUUCAGGCCUGCUUUUCGAACGACGGCAUCGUCGCGUGAAGGCUCUCUCUCGUGCCGUCGGUGGUGCGUCUGUCUGGUUUGGUAGUAAGUUCGUGCUUUGAUUCUUCGAGUUGGUUUGUGUUGGGAUGGUUGGUUGGAAGCUGCAGGAGCCGUAGCUUCUAGGUUUGAGGGCGCCUAUCUCUCGGUAGCUCGUGGCAACCAGCUUCUUGUUUUCGACCUUCCGGCUCCGCUUGGUCUUAGCCUGUCUCGUUGUUUAGCUAGUUAAUAGGUUUGUUCACUCUUCUUCGGUUGCAUUUCAAUGUUGCUUUUAGUCCGUCUGUUUAGUUUCGAUUAUGCAUUCUGCUACUAGUUUCUUUGUAAAUUCUGUCACAAAUUGAAAAUUGGUAUAAUACUUAACAUUUUACCAAAAAAAAAAAAAAAAAUUUAAACACAAAUUCAAACGUUUGAUCAUUACACAAUGGCUCGUGGAAAGAUUCAGCUGAAGAGGAUCGAGAACCCGGUUCACAGACAAGUGACGUUUUGCAAGAGGAGAACCGGUCUCCUCAAGAAGGCUAAGGAGCUCUCUGUGCUCUGCGACGCUGAGGUCGGCGUUAUGAUUUUCUCUCCCCAGGGCAAGCUAUUUGAGCUCGCUACUAAAGGAACAAUGGAAGGAAUGAUUGAUAAGUACAUGAAGUGUACUGGUGGUGGUGGUCGUGGUUCUUCUUCUGCUACUUUUACUGCUCAAGAACAACUUCAACCUCCAACUCUUGAUCCAAAAGAUCAGGUCAAUGAGCUUAAGCAAGAGAUUGAUAUGCUUCAGAAAGGAAUAAGGUAUAUGUUUGGAGGAGGAGAUGGGACGAUGAAUCUUCAAGAACUUCUUUUGCUUGAGAAGCAUCUUGAGUAUUGGAUUUCCCAUAUUCGCUCUGCUAAGAUGGACAUUAUGCUUCAAGAAAUUCAGUCCUUAAGGAACACGGAAGGGGUCCUCAAAAAUGCCAAUAAGUACCUCCUCGAAAAGAUUGAGGAGAACAACAAUAGCGUAUUAGAUGCUAACUUCGCAACUGUGGAGACUAACUAUUCUUAUCCGCUAACAAUGCCAAGUGAAAUAUUUGAGUUCUAGAUCAUACGGUAUUUGAAGACUAGUCUUGCGAUAUCAAAUGAUCUUGGUAAGUAUAAUCAGUGUUGUUAAAUCACACAUAAUUAUAAUAAAGCAUGUGGAACAUGCUAUGCUGUUGAAAUUUCUGUGUGUUUUUUCCCUCUUAUUUCUACUUUGCUGGUGUGAGCAAUAUAAUGACUACAAGUAUGGUGUGUACUUAAAGUCUUUCUAAUUCUAUGUAUGAUUGAAUUUGUGGACUAUCGUUGCGUUGAGGAUACCUAGCCUCUUUUGUUUCAGUGUAUUACAUUAUUAUCCA